AUAUUUCUCACCAAAAUUUUCAAAACUUUCUGUUUCCCCUCUCUCUCCUCCCACGGAAAUUCCAGCUCCUUUUUUCUUCUCGUCCUCUGUUGCUCAACGAUCUCUCUCUCUCUCCCCCCGCAAAAAUCAAAAGCCAAAGGCCAGGCGUAACUAAAACAACAAUUUAUCAUCAUAGCAAUCAAAUUUCAGCUCCUUCUUUGAUUAUCACCUGUUUCUCUGCACCGCCGUUCAAUCGGUGUUUCUCGUUCCGCGUUGAGUUUUUGCUUCUGUUUCUUCGCUGGUGAAUUGUUGUAGAGGUUUUCUUCGUUCCAUUUUGCGGCCUUGCAGGUUGAUGGCGGACCAGAUGGAUUACUCGUCGGGGAAGGCGAGGUUUACGUUCUUCAAUCGUUCGCAAACGAUGCAUGCGAGCCACACGGACUCGUUUCAGAGACCCCUCCUUCAAUCCUCUUUUGAUCGCACAGGGUCGAUGAAUAGAUUCUACAGUCCAAUGGAAUCGGUGAAAUCCGCUGGAAUUUCUCUCAGGGGGAAGGUCAAGAAACUAUGUAAUCUCUUUGAUUCUCCGAAAACUUCGCCAAAAGGUUCCGAUGAACCACCCGUUCAAUAUCCCAUUAAGCUUAAACCCACGAAAUCCCUUGGUCACGAUUCUCGGAUUUCUUCGAGUUUCCACAGCAGUAUCAGAUUACCCGGUACGGAGGAUAGAAUCGUGUUGUAUUUCACUAGUUUGCGAGGAAUCCGAAGAACAUUCGAAGAUUGCUACGUGGUUCGAAACAUAUUCAGGGGAUGCAGGGUGUGGGUGGAUGAACGAGACGUGUCAAUGGAUUCAGCAUACAGGAAAGAAUUACAAAGUGUGCUAGGAGAAAAAAAGAUCGUGUCCUUGCCACAAGUGUUCAUCGGUGGGAAAUACAUGGGAGGUGCCGAGGUGAUAAAGUAUCUAUUUGAAGUUGGUGAAUUAGCCAAGAUUCUUGAAGGAUUUCCAAAGAGAAAACCUGGGUUUGUCUGUGAUGGUUGUGGAGAUGUGAGAUUUGUGCCUUGUGUGAAUUGCAGUGGAAGUAGGAAGAUAUUCGAUGAAGACGAAGGCCUUUUGAAGAAGUGCUUGGUGUGCAAUGAGAAUGGAUUGAUUCGUUGUCCAGAUUGCGGUUCUUGAAUUCUCUGAAUAGUAUUGUUGCUUCCUCAUUUGCACAUCUCUAGUAGUUGAUAAAGAAUUACUCGAGUAGAUUAUCCCUACGGGUGAAGAAGGUAAGGGCUUUUGCUUAAGCGCAUGAUUCAAAACACUCUUUGAAUUUCUGGUUGCUCAUGAUUAUCUUCUCAACAGAGCUGAUAGUCCUGAACACAUUGAAUUGCAUUGUGUUUUUAAGAGUGUGAGGGCUCAUCAAAAUGCUGAAUGGUUUGAAAUGUGUCUACUGUAUUGUAUUCUAAAGUCUGGUGGAGAGUUUUUCCCUCCACGCCAAUGUAAAUAUUCAGUAUUAUAUGACUGGAAAAAGAUUUGCAAACAAUGGCUAUUCAUAGUGUAUAAUGAGAAUGAGAUAUUGUAAAUCUGUCUUUAUGUUCUUGA